CUGCAAGCACUCACCGCGCACUUUGCUUUAUAUUCAUUCUCCACACUCCACCUCUUCCUUCUCCACAUUCCAACUCUCAAAAGCCUUUUAACAAACCCCACCCGCGACCGAACUUGCUUCAUACUGGGAGUUGGGUUAUUUAGAAAUGGAAAAUGCUUCAAAGAAAUGGGUUUUUAAAGGAAACAAGGCACUGGAAGCAGCGGAUGCCAUCUGCGUUCGAGGGGUUCUCAACAUGUUAAAUGAUAAUCUAAAUGGAGAUGAUAACAAGCCUGCCAUCCCUCUCGGCCACGGUGAUCCCUCCGUGUUUCCGUGUUUUCGAACCACUGCUAUAGCCGAAGAUGCCAUUGUUGAGGCUGUCCGAUCAGCUAAGUUCAACUGCUAUUCUCCAACCAUCGGUAUUCUUCCAGCAAGGAGGGCUAUAGCUGCAUAUCUGUCUCAAGAUAUUUCAUACCAAUUAUCUCCGGAUGAUGUUUAUCUCACAGUUGGUUGCAAUAACUCAAUUGAGGUCAUAAUUUCUGUCCUUGCUAGUCCUAGUGCGAAUAUUCUUCUUCCCAGGCCAGGGUACCCAAUGUAUGAAUCUCGUGCUGCUUUUAGCAACCUUGAAGUACGGCAUUUUGAUCUUGUACCAGAGAAAGGGUGGCAAGUUGAUCUUGAUUCUGUUGAAGCUCUUGCAGAUGAGAACACAGUAGCCAUGGUUAUUGUUAACCCUGGCAAUCCUUGUGGAAGUGUCUUUACCUGUCAACACUUGAAAAAGGUUGCUGAAACAGCAAAAAAGCUUGGAAUAUUUGUCAUUGCUGAUGAGGUUUAUGGCCAUCUAACUUUUGGGAGCAACCCAUUUGUGCCUAUGGGGAAGUUUGGAUCUAUUGUGCCUGUUAUUACACUCGGGUCUAUAUCGAAGAGAUGGAUUGUUCCUGGUUGGCGUCUUGGCUGGAUAGUGACAUGUGAUCCAAAUGGCAGUCUUAAGAAAUCUCGGAUUGCAGAAAGCAUUAGGAGAUAUCUCAACAUCUCCGCUGACCCACCAACAGUCAUCCAGGGGGCAAUUCCUCAAAUACUUGAAAAAACAAAGGAUGAUUUCUUUGCCAAAAUCCUUAAAAUCUGUAGCCAAGCUGCAGACAUAUGUUAUGAUAGACUUAAGGAGAUUCCCUGCAUAACUUGUCCACACAAACCAGAGGGAUCAAUGUUUGUAAUGGUAAAACUAAACGUGUCACUACUUGAAGACAUUGAUGAUGAUAUGGAUUUCUGUCUCAAGUUGGCUAGAGAGGAAUCUGUGAUUGUUCUUCCAGGGGUUGCAGUUGGGCUCAAAAAUUGGCUGCGCAUAACAUUUGCUGUUGAACCGUCCACUCUUGAGGAAGGUCUUGGAAGAAUCAAAACCUUCUACAAUAGGCACAUGAAACAGCAAUAAAUUUGCUUAUCAUCCACACCAUAAUAAUAACUGAUGAUGAUCAACAACUACGUGUUGGAUCUCACACUUCAUUUUAUAUAGCCACUAAAAUAAGUGUUUGUUUUCCUAGGGGAAAACUUCGCUUUCAUUGUUCCGGAAUAAAAGCCUUGAUUUCUGCUAGCAUUAAGUCAUAGAGACACAAGAUUGGACUUUGGUGAUCAAUACCUCCUUAUCAGAUUCCUUUUUCUACAGUAUUAUUCAUAUGCUUAUUCACCCCUCA